UGAGAGCCUCAAGGGACGCGGGACCACCACCCUUCUGUCCAGUUCACGGUGGCUUGUGGAAAAGUGUACCUUGCUGUCUGAGCCCGCCCCUCGCCUGGGGCACACACACGCACGCGCGCACUGUAGCAGAGCAGACGUUUUUGGAGCAGCCCACCCCCUCGGUGCAGUAUGCCUGUUGGCCUGGGAACUUGCGGAGCUCUCACGUCCCAGCAGUAGUGCACCUCCGUGACCGGGGAACAUCUAGACGAGAAUCGAGGAUAAGACACUUAACUGGAUGUGGCCGGGAGGGGGGCACCACAGGCGGAAAUGCCGGUGUGACCGAGGGAAUAGAUGAUUAUUAGUAUUUCUUCUUCUUAUUGUUGUCAUUGUUGCGGCUGUUAUUAUUAGGACUACAAUUACAAGAGUACAAACUGCCGCUCUCUUCUGAACGUGGACAAUCAUGCGUGUACUCUUUUGGGGCUUGGGAUUCCUGCUAUUCCCUCAUUUAUUGACUGCAGACGCAUCUACGGGAUCAGAGAGACUGCUAUCGAAUCCAAGCACAGAGGAGAUCGGCCCCUAUGAGAUUGUCACGCCGGUGCGAGUGGACGGAGCCGGCGACAGGUUCCCAAGCAGCGUGCACUUCAAGAGGAAACGGCGAAGUUUGGACGAGGAUAGCGAUAACGCGACGGAGCACUGGUCCUCUCCGAAUAUCCACUACAGGAUUUCUGCUUUCGGACAGAACUAUCACCUCAACCUUACUCUGGACUCGGGAUUUAUCGCCCCCUUAUACACCGUGACAAUUUUGGAGGGACCCAGAGGAGAUAACGUAAGUGACGAGGAAGAGGAGGACACCGAGUUGAGACACUGCUUUUAUAAGGGACAAGUCAAUGCCAAAUCAGAGCACUCCGCAGUCAUCAGUUUGUGCUCUGGACUGUUUGGUACCUUCAGAUCUCCAGAAGGGGAAUAUUUUGUUGAGCCCCUUCACAGCUAUCGAGGAGAACAUUAUGAAGAGGAACACACAAAACCUCAUAUUGUGUACAGGAAAAGUGCACCCGAGAAAGAGAAAUCUGUGGAGAACUCCACUUGUGACACUUCAGGACACAAACGUGCGCAUAAGCGGCACAAGCUCUGGAAAAAGCCAACAGCUGGGGUGUCUUCGGAGAAAGUGCAUGUUCCCAGGACUGGUAUACUGAGUGAUGUGGAGUCGCUAAGUGCCCGCCUGACCAGCGAUGCCUCGCGCAGAUCAGGGAGCAACAGUGUUGGCGGAAAAGCUGCGAAUGACAGCAGCAGUGAUGACUCGAGACCUCACAAGCGGUCAAAGCGCUUCCUCUCCUUCCCUCGCUUCGUUGAAGUCAUGUUGGUGGCUGACAGCAAAAUGGUGGAACAUCACGGCAGCAACCUGCAGCACUACAUACUCACCUUAAUGUCCAUUGUAUCCUCCAUCUACAAGGACCCCAGCAUUGGCAAUCUAAUUAACAUUGUAAUUGUAAAAUUAGUCAUAAUAAACAAUGAGCUGGACGGUCCCCUUGUUUCAUUUAAUGCACAAACCACGUUGAAAAACUUUUGCAUUUGGCAGCACAGUCAAAAUGUCCUGGAUGAUAACCACCACUCACAUCAUGACACCGCCAUCCUUAUCACAAGACAAGACAUCUGCAGAGCAAGGGAUAAAUGUGACACAUUAGGACUGGCUGAGUUGGGCACUGUGUGCGAUCCGUACAGGAGCUGCAGCAUCAGUGAGGACAACGGCUUGAGCACAGCGUUCACCAUCGCCCAUGAACUCGGCCACGUAUUCAACAUGCCUCAUGACGACAGCAAUAAAUGUAAAGAGGAUGGUGUCAAGAUCCAGCAACACGUGAUGGCUCCCACACUUAACUACAACACAAAUCCUUGGAUGUGGUCCAAGUGUAGCAGGAAGUACAUCACAGAGUUCCUUGACACAGGCUAUGGGGAGUGCUUGCUUGACGAGCCCAUUUCUAGGCCAUACAGUCUCUCACAGCAGCUGCCUGGACGAAUAUACAAUGUCAAUAAACAGUGUGAAUUGAUAUUUGGGCCGGGAACACAGGUGUGCCCUUAUAUGACCCAGUGUCGAAGGCUGUGGUGUACCAGCCCAGAGGGCGCCCAGAGGGGCUGCAGGACGCAGCACAUGCCAUGGGCUGAUGGCACUGAUUGCUCCCCAGGAAAGCACUGCAAGCACGGCCUAUGCAUAGCCAAAGAGCACGACGCCACACCUGUGGAGGGGGCAUGGGGAGUUUGGAGUCCUUUCGGUACCUGUUCUCGGACAUGCGGCGGGGGAAUCAAGAUAGCGGAGCGUGAAUGCAACCGACCCGUGCCCAGGAAUGGAGGAAUGUAUUGUGUUGGUCGCCGGAUGAAGUUCCGUUCGUGUAACUCUGAGCCAUGCUCUAAGCAGAAGAAGGACUUCAGAGAGGAGCAGUGUGCUGCUUUUGACGGGAGGCAUUUCAACAUCAACGGUCUACCUCCUAAUGUUCGCUGGGUCCCCAAAUACAGUGGAAUCCUGAUGAAGGACAGAUGUAAGCUGUUCUGCAGGGUAGCAGGCAGCACAGCCUACUAUCAGCUCAGGGACCGGGUCACUGACGGCACUGCAUGUGGACCUGAUACCAAUGACAUCUGCGUCCAAGGCUUGUGCAGGCAAGCUGGCUGUGACCAUGUAUUAAACUCCAAAGCCAGGAGAGACAAAUGUGGUGUGUGUGGCGGUGACAAUUCUUCCUGCAAAACUGUGGCAAACACUUUCAACAUUGUACGCUAUGGCUACAAUGAAGUUGUACGGAUACCCAGCGGUGCUACAAACAUAGAUGUUCGUCAACACAGCUACUCAGGGAAACCAGAGGAUGACAACUACCUCGCCAUAUCAAAUAGCCGUGGAGAGUUUCUGCUUAAUGGAGACUUUGUAGUCAGCAUGUUCAAAAGGGAAAUUAAAGUAGGAAAUGCUGUCAUCGAGUACAGUGGCUCGGACCACGUCAUGGAGAGGAUUAAUUGUACUGAUCGCAUUGAAGAGGAGAUCAUCGUCCAGGUGCUGUCUGUGGGGAACCUUUACAACCCAGAUGUCAGGUACUCCUUCAACAUCCCCAUCGAGGAUAGACCUCAGCAGUUCUUUUGGGAUGUCUAUGGUCCGUGGCAGGAGUGCAGCCGUCUCUGUCAAGGAGAGAGGAAGAGGAAGGUUCUCUGUAGCAGAGAGUCUGACAGGGUGGUGGUGUCAGACCAGAGGUGUCACGGUUUAGCAAAACCUGCUGUCGUCCCUGAGGCCUGCAACACAGAAUGUGAACUGAGGUGGCAUGUUGCACGAAAGAGUGAGUGCACAGCUCAAUGUGGUCCGGGAUAUCGCACCCUGGACACAUUCUGUGCCAAAAUCAGUCACACAGACGGAAAGAUCCAAAAGGUUGAUGAUCGCUACUGUACUGGGCAGCGCAAACCUGAUGACAAAGAAGGAUGUCAUGGAGAUUGUAAUCCUGGAGGCUGGGAGUAUUCGUCUUGGUCAGAGUGCUCAAAGAGUUGUGGUGGGGGCAUGCGCCGAAGAGGGGCAGUGUGUCGAAAGGCAGCAGAGGCUGAGGGCCACGAGAGCAAGUGCAGUCAAAGAGACAAGCUGGCCGUCCAACCCUGUAAUGAAUUCCUCUGUCCACAAUGGAAGAGCGGCGACUGGUCAGAGUGCCUUGUAACGUGCGGCAAAGGCUAUAAGCACCGCCAGACGUGGUGUCAGUUUGGUGAGGACCGUCUAGAUGACCGCUUCUGUGGUUCAUCAAAGCCCGAGUCAGUCCAGACGUGUCAGCAGCAGGAGUGUGCCUCUUGGCAGGUUGGACCUUGGGGACAGUGCACUACCUCGUGUGGACUUGGGUACCAGAUGCGAGCUGUGAAGUGUGUGGUUGGAUCCUAUGGUGCAGUCAUGGAAGACACUGAAUGUAAUGCUGCCACCCGCCCAACUGAUACCCAGGACUGUGAAUUGGCCCAGUGUCCAAACAGCCAACCUGUUUCCCCAGGGACCAAAGUCCCUUCCCAUCAAGCCCACAAAACCCAGUGGCGGUUUGGUUCAUGGACCCAGUGUAGCACCAGUUGUGGUAAAGGGACUCGGAUGCGUUAUGUCAGUUGUCGUGACAACCACGGUGGUGUGGCAGAGGAAUCGGCAUGUGCUCAGCUACCGAAACCUGCUGCCAGAGAAGUGUGCUCCGUUGGUGCAUGUGGACAGUGGAAAGCAUUGGAGUGGACCGUGUGUUCGGUAUCCUGCGGUCAGGGGAAGACGACACGGCAAGUGAUCUGUGUCAACUUCAGUGACCAAGAGGUGAACAGCAGUGAGUGUGACCCAGAUGAUCAGCCAAGCACUGAGCAAGACUGCGCCAUGUCUCAGUGCCCAUCCCACUCCAGUGAUUCCAGACCUCUACCAUCCUCACCUAACAGCAGCGCCAGGAACAUCAUUCCGCAAAGCCAAUCCCACCAAUGGCGAACGGGGCCCUGGGGCGCGUGCUCCAGUACAUGUGCAGGAGGCUUUCAGCGGCGAGUCGUAGUGUGCCAGGAUGAGAACGGCUACCCUGCCAACAGCUGUGAGGAUCGCAGCCGGCCCAGUGAGCAGCGAUCCUGUGAGUCGGGGCCAUGUCCGCAGUGGAUCUAUGGCAACUGGGGAGAGUGCACCAAACCAUGCGGAGGCGGGAUAAAGACGAGGCUGGUGGUAUGUCAACGUCCAAAUGGCGAGCGUUUCAAUGAUCUGAGCUGCGAGAUCCACGACAAGCCACCGGAUCGGGAACAGUGCAAUACUCAGCCGUGUCCGUCUAGCCCCCACUGGAGCACAGACCCAUGGAGCUCGUGCUCAGCCUCUUGUGGAAGAGGUUUCAAGUCCCGCAAGGUGCACUGUUUGACUAGCUCAGGCCGCUCUGUAGGAGACGAAAACUGUCAGCACUUGACGCCCAAACCUAACAAGCAGAGGCGCUGCCGAGGUGGCCGCUGUCCCAAGUGGAAGACUGGCAGCUGGGAGGAGUGCUCAGCAUCCUGUGGCGAUGGUGUCCAGAGGCGUGAGGUGACCUGCCAGGCUGGCACCCGAAGGAGCCCAUUUGAGACCGACUGCCCCGAGCGCUCCCGCCCGGCAUCUAGUCAAAGCUGCCGGGUCGCUGAUUGUCCUUCGCGGUACCGGUGGAGAGAGGGAGACUGGCAAGCGUGCUCAGUGAGCUGUGGCGAUGGAGUAAUGGAGCGGGCGGUGCAGUGUGGGACAGCAGAUGGCCAGCAAAGCAAAAGAUGCUCGCUCGAUGCCAUGCCGGAAGCCAGAAAAGUCUGCAGAAAGCUGAGCUGUCAUUUGCCUUCUAGCUGCCAAGAUGCCCAGCGCAUGAAUGGCAUGCGAUCAGAUGGUGAACACUUACUGGAUAUUCAAGGAAGUACUCUCAAGGUCUACUGUGCAGGAAUGCAAACAGAGAAUCCAUGUGAGUACAUCACCUUGACAACAGGAGAUGGGGAAAAUUUUUCUGAGAUCUUUGGUUUCAGGCUCAACGAUCCGUCCCAGUGUCCAUCCAACGGGUCAAAGAGAGAGGACAGUGACUGUCGGAGAGACUACCCCGCUGCGGGCUUCACCAUCUUCUCCAAGCUCCGCCUGGACCUGAGCAAGGUGAACAUCAUAACCACAGAUUGGCAGUUUGCAUUGACUCCUGAAGGCAGCAGGGUUCCAUUUGGCACAGCGGGGGACUGCUACAGCGCCUCCAAAUGUCCGCAGGGGCAUUUUAGAAUCAACCUCUCAGGAACAGGUUUGAAAGUGGCUGCAGACGCCCGAUGGACCUCUCAAGGCAUUUAUGCUGUGGCUGAUAUCAAGAAAUCAAAGGAUGGCAGCAUAGUGUCGGGGACUUGUGGAGGCUACUGUGGCAAAUGUUCUCCAUCCUCACCUUCCAUUCUGCCAGUUUCACUGGCCUAAAUCCCACACACCGCGAGUGUAGAUCUACAUUCAGAUGCUCAUCAUGUCAGGACAUCCCUCCAGUUCGGUUUGGUGCUACGUCUACAAAGCAGCUCAAAUCCAUCCAUCCAUCACCUGAGCCCCUCUUCUUUUUUCAGAUUUUUUUUUUUUUACCUUGUGACAAAUAAUUUGCUGUAAUUAUUGUAAAUAACUAUGUGGACUAGUGUAUAUGCCUUAUUUAUUGUAGGCCUACACCUCAUUAAUAUAUAUGAUGUAGUGUAAUUUAGGCCUUUCUGUCAUUCUCUAUAAGAGCAGUUUCUCGUUGCCAGAUGGUGCCUUUCAUUUUAUAACACAUUUUUAUACCUUAUACUGUUUAUUUUAUGGAAAUUUUAUUUGAGAGAUUUUACAUAGUUUGUGAUCCAUAUCAGUGUGCAUAUUCCUUCCAAUGCUAUACUGUAUUUUAACAUCUGUUUAUUCAGUUCAGGCACUAUAUAGAGACUUUUCCCCAAAUAAAGUCAAGUGCAAAUAGUUUUUGCUCAGCUGCUAAAUAAUAGAACACUGCGAACAAUGUGUCGCGUUAUCCACACACAUUUUGCUGCAUGUGCUGCAUUAAUCAUGUGUUACCUCACAAAUAAUACAUCCCGUCUACACAAAUUUAGAUCGCAAAUAAACGCGGCAGCAACAGGAGAGAGGAGGUUAGAGAUACUGUCCAUUUCCAGGCACCAUGUCCAACCAAUUCCUGUGUGUUCUUGCAUCAGUGUCAGGUAGCAUGACAAAGUAAAGCCGUUGGCCUUGAGAAACCACACAGGUUAUCUUCUCGGGUGUGGCGUGAAAGAAGGAUUUUUUUUUUUACCUCCGGCCAAUAAAACCCCAGUAGAUACCCUGCAGAUGUUCUCCACAGCUCCGUCCAUGGAGAGACCUCACAAGUUGUUCAAGCCAGCGUGGGAUCUGUUCACAUGAAUUAUGUUAACUGUUACCUUCUGUACUUUAUGAUGUUCUACUGUUUCUGCCUGUCACUUGUUCGCUUUCAUGAACAAAUCAGGGUACAUUAUUGUGUUUCUGUGUUUUCAGAUUUCCAUGCCUCUUCUUUCUAAAAUGCUUCAGGGGAAAACAGAGUAAAAAUGUAGCACAGUUCAGUUGUACAUUACAGCCUUUGUAAGCUGCCACAAUACAUUUGCCGUCAUAUCUUUGGACGUGGGACAGAAACAUUUCAUCACAAUGUAUUACUGCACUUUUUAUCAUCAAAGUAAUGUACUUCAAGCUCUCAGGUGACAUCAAUGAAGGGAUUAUUCUAAUACUGAAAUGUACAUAUAACUUGUUUUCAUGCAUUUGCCAAUGAUAAAUGUAUCACUUCAUUUAAAUAUGCUGCAAAGUAAUAUGUAGUUUAUUUGAAAAGCUAAUAUUUAUUUUAUCUUGUGUCGUGAAUGUACAAUAUGUGAACUUUGACCAUAAAAGAUUAUUAAUUUCAAUGCAAUAUCAGGAAUGAAUUUCAAUGCAUUGUCAAGAGAUUUA